AUGCUUUCUUCAGGCUUACUUUCAACCCAUAGUCAAUACCAGCGCGACACUGAUGCCGUUGCCUCGUGGCUGGCUGCCACAGCGAUAAGCUCCGGCUACUCCAAGCCCCUGAGUGAGCCACCCGCCAAGGCUACGUCUUCAGUGCCCACGUCUGAGAGGUUGAAGGGCAAGGCGCGGAAGGAUGCUAAGAAACAGGCUAUCAUCAACUCAUUACAGACACCUGAGGGGAAAGCGCCUGAGGACACGACGCCGAAACACAUCAUCGCUAUCAAGGACUUCCUGCCACUGGCCCAAUUCGUCGCGGGAAAGUUGUCUGACUCCCUCAAGGUCCCAGAAUCGUUCAUGUCAUCCCUCAACCGUGUCAUUGAAACUCGCAAGCGGUUUUCUUCCAUGCUGGGAGGUAUUGGGCGAUUCAAGGACUACCGUGGGGAUAAUAAACAUGCUUUCUUUGUCACCGUCCUUGAGCGCGUUCGCGAUGCCUUCAAAUCCCAGGUGGGCGCGUUCGACGUAUCUGCUCUGCAUGACGCGACCCGUGGUAUAGAAAAGACUCUCAAGAACGAUUCCAAGCAUGUUGACGGACCCAGAAACAUGUUCGCUAUCCUAGACGUGUACGAGCCAUCUGAGGACUUCCUGGCUGCCCCAGAUAUCGAGCGUCAGGCUAAGGUUCCUGAAGUCUUCAUGGCUGAGGAAGACGACUCCGAUACUGCAGCCCUCUUCAUGUACACUGCGUACCUCAAGGAUCUCGGCCAACUUCGCGAAGAGAUCCUCCAGCUCUGGACCAAGUAUAGAUCAGGAGAUAGAGACCUCGCCGCCGUUUCAGUUGCCACCAAUACCGCUCUGCAGCUUGCGCGCAAUAUGGAGCAAGAAAUUGCGUUGUCGAUGGAGAAGCUUGGAGGUGCCAUGGAAGCUAUCCAAAUGUUCUAUGAGGCUGCUUGCGCAGCUCAAGGCCAGGACCCUCUUGAUAAGCAGUGGGGUGAUGAUUUGAACUUCAACUGCUACCAGGACGGCUCCGACCUCUACUUCACUACUCUCAGUCUUCUUCACGCCUUCAGCAGCAGCGAAUCGCCUUCAAACAUUCCGAAUUACAACGGGAAGUUUGGUUGGUAUAAUGACAUGAAAAGAGGAACCACCGCUCGCGAGCGAUGGGCAGAGGAUAAGGCAGCACUCCUUGAAGUCUUCGCGGAUCAAACCAUGCUCUUUCAGCUGUUUCGGGGAUCCCCGGUUCAGGAUGAGUUCACUAAAGGAUUGAAAUACGUGAUGGACACGGGUAAAUUAGAAGUAUGGCUAUGCUUCUCCGCCCAAGUGUACCUCGACAUUCUCAAGUCCCUCGGACCCUCAGUUCGAAACGGGGAGAGGGAUUUCCAGCGGUCCCUGAAGCCAAUCGCAGACAGUGUCGAAGAGGCUCUGCGUAUUCGUAGCAAUCGAGAGGGUGCGGUCAGGGAGAACAUGCAGGAUCUUCGCAAGCUGGCAAUCUUAUGGGGGCCCGGAAAAGACCCAUUCAACGCCAUUCGCAUUGCAUCGAGGCUUCAGACAAGGACUUCAAACUUCUUAGAACAUCAUCCGAUGUACUGCGGUCUCUUCUUGCAUUACGUCCGAACUCUCUUCCACCGCGCGGGGGCCGAGUAUGCUGCGAAGCCCGGUAACGUGAUGCACGGCAUCCAGCUCUAUCAGGCUCUCCAACAGGAAGGCUUCUUGCAAGACGGGGACAAAUGGGACGCUCUGGAUUCAAUGAUGGAGCAACAGGGCCGGACCGCCUUCUUCGUCGGCGAUCCCCCAGUGAACCCAGAAGCGUAUUUCAAGAACUUCGGACUCUCAAAAGGAGUUUCGGCUGCGCAAUGGAUCCAGAAGCGCAACAAACCCAACAACAAUCGCGUUAUGAUCUCAAAAGCUGGCAUUCGGAUCAUGAAGUUCAAGGGAGUCUGUUCUUGUUUGUUUGCCCCUAGGGUCUUGGACAACUCGGAUCCCAGAGGCCUUAACGCGGACGUCAUUGAUCAAAUCCUUGAGCGAAGUGGCUGGUUUAGCAAAGCAAGCAACGACGGCACCCCCUCCGACCCCGAAAAUCCCAAGGCAAGAUGCUAUGAAGCUCUCUACCAUUGCCACCAAGUGUUCUUUAUAGUCCAUAUGUCUGACAAUCUCCAACAGAAGCACCGUGCCCUCCUCCUAUCUGAGCUAGUUUGUCAAGUCGCCCUCGCAGUUCAUGACGAGGUACCCGAGCUCACUCUCGACUACUUUCACACCGACCACCUUUGCAAGGCUGUUUUGAAACGCGUGCGAGAAAACGUAGAUGUUAAGAAUGGCGGCUCGAUCGAGUCCAAUCAGCUCCGUGCGCUUCAAGCAGACAACCCAGGAGAUACCGUAGGUAUCGUUUUCGCUGCAGUUGUUGGCCACGUACCCGUUCUUUCUCCAGACCAGAAGGCGCCUCUCCUAGAGGCAGCCGAAGCUUUCAAGAGCAAGCCUACCUUGGAAGAUUAG